CAUGCACACACAUGCGGGCAGAGCAUCUUUCAUCGCGUGAGUCAACUAGAAGUAGCCUCAAACACCGUAGGAAACGGAGAAACAUUGGACCUCAGCUUGUUGGAAGAAAAGAAGGAGGUGUCAUGUCUGCCCGCCUGGUUUCUCUCUCUCCUUUCUCUCUCUCUCUCUCUUUCUCCUCUGUGUGUGUGUAUGUGUGUGUGUGUUUAUGUGUGUGUAUGUGUCUCCCAAUCAGCGAGGCUAGUGCCGCCGGAGCCAAGAGUUGCCGUUCCGCGCACCAAUGCCAAAUCGCACAGGAGGAGUCAGUGCCAAAGGGUCAUUUAGCGCGCCGCUGCUGAGAUGGAAGGACUGUAGGGAUCACAUAGAGUAAACAGCUGCUAUUUGGCCCCAAGAUACGGCAAUCAUAUGCUUUUAAGAUAAAUCUAAAAAAAAUAAAUAAAUAAACAGGGGCGAUUCUCUGUUACCACGGUCGCAGCAGAGGUGGGGAAGCCCAGGAUAUUUAAAAAAAAAAAAAAUCUGCAAACAAACGCUCUUCGCAACACUUCUAACCUGCUCUCAUCGAUCCCUCGCAGCCCUAAAAAAACAGCCCCACUUUGGUUCCCAUCCGCCUCCCGAUCCAGGUGUUGCUUCCACGACAGGACACCGUGCGGAUCUUCCACCCUCAUCGCGCUCCUUCAGCCCCAGUGUUCCAGCUCCUUAGCGCGCAUCAAAGUUUACACCUUCAGAGACUGUCGACGGCGAAGCGAUAAGAGCGCGAUCGAAGGGAGUGCGGAGGAGAGCUGCUCACCGACACCACGGUUCAAGCCGACUCCAAGUGCCGUUCACCGGGCGAUGCCAGAGUAAAUGCCGGGGCAAUGUCCCGCCGCAAGCAGGUGAACCCGCAGCACUUAUCGUUGACGCACAGGGAGACGGUCCAAGCGGAGGUCAACCAUGAUUCAGGAGCACGAUCUCCCUCUCCGGAGCUGUCCACCUCCAUUCCUAGGAGGAUGGGGCCCGGAGAGCAUGACCUCUUGACCUGUGGCCAGUGCCAAACUAAUUUCCCCCUCGGUGACAUCCUUGUUUUCAUCGAGCACAAGCGCCGGCUUUGUAGGGGGCCUGGCGGCAGACCCGACACCUUCUCUAAGCCCGGGGAAGCCGGUGGGAUCAUGGGCAUUCCAAUCUCUCCAAGGGCCCGGUCACUAGGGCUUGGCAGGGGUUCGAUUCCUGUGGAGGUGGGCAUCCAGGUGACCCCCGGGGGAGAGGAAGAUGAGCAGAGGAGGUUGACGCCGGCCAAGGGGAUCUGCCCCAAACAAGAGAAAGGAGAUAAAGACGAACCAUCCAGCUACAUCUGUACUACCUGUAAGCAGACCUUCACCAGCGCCUGGUUCCUGCUUCAGCAUGCCCAGCACACUCAUGGCAUCCGCAUCUAUCUCGACAACCAUCUGGCCAACUGCUCUUUCACUCCCCGCAUGGCUCUGCCUCCUCCCCCGGGAGCCGAUGCCUUGCCCCGCUCCCCUCUCCCUACUUUCCUUGGAGACACCAACAACCCAUUUCACCUCCUCCGCAUGGCUGCGCCCUUGCUCAGGGAACAUCCCCACCCUCCAGGGUACAUGGAGACUCGGCUGCCUGCAACACCUCCCUUUGUUAGCCCUCCUCCUCCCCCUAGACCACCUCUAGAGCGACUGGGCCCAGAGGAAAUGGGGCUGCUGUCACAGCACCCCAGUGCCUUUGAGAGGGUGAUGAGAAUGACCCCCAUGGAGCCUCCUUCCAUGGACUUCUCCCGUCGUCUGAGAGAACUAGCGGGCAACACAACCAAUAACGGCGGGCCCACACCUCCUCUGUCACCAAACCGCGUGCCACCAAUGCACCGCCUGCUGAGUCCGACACUUUUCCAGCCUGGUGCCAAGCCCCCAACAUUUAUCACCUAUGUCCCACAGCCACCCACAUCUCAGGGUGGGCAUGGCUCCUCCAGCCCUCCAGACACACAGGGUCAGAAUCAGGCCCCUGGGAAGUCCAAAUCCUGUGAGUUCUGUGGCAAGAUCUUCAAGUUUCAGAGUAACCUAAUUGUCCAUAGACGCAGCCACACAGGAGAGAGGCCCUACAAGUGUCAUCUGUGUGAUCAUGCCUGCUCCCAGGCCAGCAAACUUAAAAGGCACAUGAAAACACAUAUGCACAACAAGUCUGGGAACAUGAGUGGCUCUCCAGAACAGGGAAGUCGUGGAGAGGAAGGAGAAAGUGAAGGGAAAAUCAUAGAGGGAGACGGAAGGGUGAUGGAGAUGGAGAAUGAGGAAGAAGAGGAAGAGGAGGAAGAAGAGGAAGAGGAAGAAGAGGAGGAGGAGGAAGAGCUACGGAACGGAGGUCGACUAGAUUCCAACUUAAGUGAGGAUUCCCAGGAAUUCAGUCAGAAUAGAGAAAACGGUCCCAGACAGUCCCAUGAGGAGAAACCCAUGAGUGGAGACAGAGUUAAUGACAAUGGCGGGAUGGGAAUCAUGCACCCAUACAACCACCUGGACAAUCACCUUAGACUUAACCCUAACAAGAGAGUCUUGGAGAGGCAACCUAAUGGAGACAGUGGAGAGAGGAAUGAAGCUGAAAGAGAAAAUGACAGGGAACCAGACAGAGAGCGAGAGGAGCAAGAGGAUAUUAGGCCUAUAAUGAAUGGCAGGAUCAGUGUAAGUGAAGCCGAGUCCUUUCCUGGGCUCUUUCAGCGUAGGCCCACUCCCAUCACCAGCCUGAGCCCCUCUAACAACAAGAGGAUCAAGAUAGAGAAGGAGCAGUUGGAUAUUCCUCCAACCAUACCUCUCAUAUCUCCAGAAAAUGUCUACUCCCAGCUCCUGGCUGGCUACGCUGCUUCCCGCCACUUCAUCAGAGAACCUUUCUUGGGGUUCACCGACUCCCGCCAGUCGCCAUUCGCCACCUCCUCUGACCACUCCUCCUCAGAAAGCCUCCGCUUCUCCACUCCCCCAGGGGAAAUGAUAGAAGGCGGCAGUGCAUCGGGGCGCAGCGGAAGCAGCACCCCUCACCUCCUGCGUGGACCUGGACCUGGCCGGCCUCCCAGUUCGAAAGAUAAGCGAAACGACACCUGUGAGUACUGCGGCAAGGUGUUCAAGAACUGCAGCAAUCUGACAGUCCACCGGCGCAGCCACACUGGGGAGCGGCCAUACAAGUGCGACCUGUGCAGCUACGCCUGUGCCCAGAGCUCCAAGCUGACUCGCCACAUGAAGACCCACGGCCAGUUUGGGAAGGAGGUGUAUCGAUGCGACAUUUGCCACAUGCCCUUCAGUGUCUACAGCACACUGGAGAAACACAUGAAGAAAUGGCAUGGUGAACAUUUGAUGGCCAGUGAGGUCAAACUCGAGCAAGCGGACAGAGGUUAAGCCACCAGUGAUAAGUUAUAAAGCAUACGGCAUACAGUACACACACAUCCUUGUUCUCUCCCACACAUACACACACACACACACACACACACACACACACACACACACACACACACACACACACACACACACUAUGCACUCAUACAUGCACACAAAUCCCAACACCACUUCUUCAAUGAUGGGGUUUGGCUGGAUUAUCACUCUCUUGAAAAAAAAAUUAAGAUUGAUGUUUAUCAUUUUUUCGUGUCACAGAAACUGCCACCUGAGAAUAUUACCAAAUGGAAACUUUAAUAACUUGUCUGAAAUGCUCAACUGGGUGUUUCAAACAGUCUGAGGAUUUUAUCAGUUAAGAAUCUAUGGAGCCUUUCUACUGUGCAAUAAUUUCUGUAUUUAUUGGAUUUUUGUAAUGAUAUUUGGCAUGUGCAGGUAAAUCUUUGUGGGAUUUCAUAUGGAGUUAGUUUUGAAAUGUUCUAAAAAAACAUUUUCUUUUUCUAAAAUGCUAUAACUGAGAAGACGUCACCGUUAAUACAAUGUUUAACUUUUUCCUUUAAGGAAGCUUGUUAUCCUGUGAGAGUAAAUUUGUGUGAAGCAGUUAGCUUUUAAAAGUAAAACAAAAAAAUGAUUUGUUUUCUAUAUUACCUGCAGCAGCGGAUUACAAUCCAUUCCCUCAUACAGGCCUAAAGCACUGAAUGUCAGCCUGACAAAAAAAAAACAUCCAUUCUGGGUUUUAAAAAUCCGAUAUUAGCUGAGAGAUCUGGUAAGUUGGUCUUAAUUUAUUCAGGGAGCCUUGUCCUUUUAAAAAAAUGGCAAAAAAAUUGGAAAAAUGGCAAAAUGCAGUUACUGUAUUAGUGUCCUUGCUGCAAAAAAGGACGUAAAUAAAGGUUGCACUUAAUGGAGAUACCCUUAAACUGAUGCUCAGUACAUUCCUAAUGUAGGAUUAAACCACCAUAUUUAAAAUGUUGAAUAGAUUAAAGACUACUUGCGAUUAAUGUGAGAACAGGAACAGUCCUUUUUAUGGUUUGUAAAUAUUCUUUUUUAUAUGUUAAUGUAGCCCUGACUGUAAAUGAAAGAUGGCCUAAAUCUACACAAUCAAAAGACCAGCUGCUUACAAAUGCUACAUGUAACCACCAUCUAUUGUUUUCUUCAUCAAGCCCAUCUCCAGUUCAUUGUCAAAGGUCAUUUAAGCAAAAUUUACCUUCAAAACCGCUUCCUCUUGACAACUUAAACUGACUUUCUGUAUUUUCAUGGUGACCUGAGAAAUGAUUUUUAAGCGAAAUUCAUAUCAAGAUGUGUUACUUUGUGUUUCUCACCUCUUUGAGGUGCGCUCUGAGUCUCUCUCUGACGGCAUCUUUUCACAGUUCACCUGCUCAGAUUCAUGCAUUGGAGCUGCAUUUUUAAAGGAAUCCUGUUCAUUCGCCUCACACAGUGAUAUGGGUUUAACUCCCUGUAACAGAUUUUGAGACAGUGUGCCCGUACAUGUCUUCCGGGGAUUACUGUUUUUAUUUUCUGCAUCGUUCAUCCUAAAAUGAAUCUGGUGGAACAACAAAAAAAAAAAAAGCCAUAUGAGUUAUGAUAAUUUGGAGCACAGCGGCACUAGGGGAUGGCCGAGCGACCUUGAGUAGGGCUAUUCUUAUAGCAAAAAUGAAAGAUUGGAGCUGGGAAAUGAAGAUGUGUGAGAAAGAAAUAGAGGGAGAGAGAGCAAGACCUUGACUGGGGAUAGUAGUCAUUCAAAUGAAAUUGGAAGCAUAUGAAACAUGUAUUUUUUUCUGUACCCAAAUGCACAUUUACUGGCCACAUCUUAUAGCAGACCAUCAGAGUGAGACAGAGCGAGCAUGAGAGGGAGGGAGACAGAGGAGCCACAUGAAAAGAGAAUGAGGCUACAUCUUUCAUUUUAGCGCUGCAAUACUCAGCCAUUGAAAUCAUAAUCACUUGAAAGUUUGACCUACCAUUUUGGCCUAUUGUCAGGUUUUAUCUGCACCACUUCCCUUUGAUAGAUAAAAAGAUAUGCUGUGCUUUAAAUGCAAUUUCACUUUUUUUUUCUGGCAAAUCUGAGAAAGAAAAUUUUGUGGUCACAAAGAGCUCUGCAUAAGCUACGCAGCUAGGUAUAUUUUGGUGAAUUAACACAAAAGCGAAAGAGAGCUUGCUUACACGUGGUUAUGCAUGAAUGCAAAAAAAAAAAGAAAAAAAAAAGAAAUCAAGGUGCUUUUUAAACACGUCGUGUAUUAUUUCCCCCGUUCGGAGUGAGGCCGUGAUGAGCCAUGUAAACACACUCGGACGAUGAACAGUGGAAAGCUCACAGAGACCCAGAUCACACACGGACAUUCAGUCUUACAAUAUGUUUACAGUGUUGAAGUAUGCCAUUAAGAAAAUACGCUGUGUUAGUGUUGAAAAUGAUGCUAAAGUAUUUUUUUUCUCCAAUGUUCUCUCUGAUAAUUUGGCAGUUUUGUAUGAUUUUCCUGGUGGAGGGGAUUUAUCUACAUUAAUGUGUUUUGUAUGAUUGCUUGUUCACUGUAUGGAAAUUGUUUUAUGUAAAUGCUGUCAUGGCAGAUAUUUUUUUUAACAACAGUGAUGUCACUUUUGACUCCAGCUAUUAGUUGUUUUUAUAUAAUUUUUCAUUUAAAAACUUUUCUUUUUCUUGAGUUAUCCUUAGUGGAUAUAAAACAAAAUGAUUGAAAAAAAGAGGAAAAUAAUGCUGAAGAAAAAACCUUCAGGCAAAUACAGUGGUUCUGUGCAGGAAUUAUUUUCCAAAUCAAUUUUAAAGGACUUUCAUGGACUUUCAUGGUCUUCUCCUCAUGUUGGUUGAAGGUCUUGUGAUGGCACUUACAGCUGUAAUUUUGGAUACAUUUUCACUUUUCACUUUUCAACACUUUCACCUACACUCUUUGUACAAAAAAGUUUCCUUGUUCCUUUUUUUGUUUUUUGUUUCGAGGGUGGGGAGGGCAUCAUUGUGAAAAAAGUGUUUUCAGAACAGUACACAUCUACUGUUUUGAACAUAUAUGUAUUUUUGUAAUGUGUUGAAAAAUCAAUACAAGAAAGCCAACACUUCAAUAAAUGUUGCAAUUGCUCUA